CGUCGUGAACGCAGCGUGUGCGAUUUGCGCGAAACCCUCAUUGAUGGAGCCGUCCCGGAUAACCCAACUCGUUUCGCUCCACGGUCAGCACUUACAGAGCGCUUAUCAGGCUGCCUACGUGAUUUGGCUAGUCGCUUUCGAGUUCGAUCGGCAGUGCCCCAAUCCUCGAUCGAUUUACCCCGUUGUUUGGCUUCUGUCGGUCUCGGACCAUUUCCCAAUGAUUCCACCACAGCUGACCAUCCACCCCCGACGAAUGCCUGGCUACUUGUUCAUGGCCCGCCCGGAUGUGGUAAAACGGUUUUGUGCAUCAGCACACUACGUGAGCAUGCUUUGCCUCUGGUUGAAUGUUUCCCUGGAGGCGUGGUAUGGAUCCAUGUUGGGCCACUCUUGUCGUCCGAUUCGGGUGUAAAUUCUUCGGAAUCGACCGGACAAUAUGCAGGUUUAAUGGAAAAACAACAGAUAUUAUUUCUUGAUCGGUUGGAGCGACGUUUAGCCUCUCUGACUCGUGCAAAUACAGAUCACAACACACUUGGUAUCCCAUCACAUGGUAUGAGCCCGCCAUCAGUGAGUUUGGACGACGCGUCCGAACGCUUGAGACGUACGCUCAUUCGACGUCAGAACCGACCAUUCCGGGGACCGUCAGACGAAGACACUUUGAGCACAUCCUUACUACUCAUCGUUUUGGAUGAUGUCUGGGAUGUUGAGGUAGGCCAGGUGCUUUCGUCCAUGCCAGCCGCAUUCCUGGUGACCUCUCGUGAUCAGUCUGUGCUGGCACGUGUCGCCGGACAAGUCAAUCAGACCCUAUGGUCCGAGGUUCGAGCCCCGCCACCCGACUUUGGUGGUAGUCAGCUCUGCUAUCGUUCGGUUCAAUACCACGCCUAA